ACAUCCUGGGUGGCUUCUUGUCCGCCGUCAGCAAAGCAGGGACAACAUGGAAGUGUAUUUCAGUUACUAACUGAUCUGAAAGAGCAGCGUAAAGAAAGUGGGAAGAAUAAGCACAGUGCUGGCCAACAGAACUUGAACUCCAUCACCUAUGAAACAUUAAAGUACAUAUCAAAAACACCAUGCAGGCACCAGAGUCCUGAGGUUGUCAGAGAAUUUCUCACAGCAAUGAAGAGCCACAAGUUGACCAAAGCUGAAAAGCUUCAGCUGCUGAAUCACAGACCUAUGACUGCUGUUGAGAUCCAGCUGAUGGUGGAAGAGAGUGAAGAAAGGCUCACGGAGGAGCAGAUUGAAGCUCUCCUCCACACUGUCAUGAGCAUCCUCCCUGCAGGGCCUGAGGCUGAGCAGAAGAAAAACACCAAUGAUGACGUGGCAAUGGAUGAAGAGGACCCAGCGUAGAAGAAUGCAUCUGGCCCAGGCCUUCAUGAAGUUAAAAGGCCCUGUGGCCAUCUCCUGGACAUUCAGAGGGUGGUUACUUGACUUACCCUGUAUCCUAACAGGCCCAAUUUCAUGCUUAGUUGGGAAAAUCACAGAAAUGAGCUGAAAAGAAAUAUUUGUGCCUCAGGGAGAAGAAACAUGGUGAAGGGAGGCUGAAGUGGUCAGGGCAGGAAGCUGACAAAGAGAGGACAAUGACUGUGGACCCUCUAGGAAGAAGCACUUCUGUGGCCUUUGCCACAGCCGUGGGGAGGUCUGUGUACACAGAUGACAGAAUACUUUUAAUUGGUUUCAUCUGCUUUCCCAGGAGCUUCCCAAGCAGGGGCUCAGAGUGCUGUGGUUACAAGAGUCUCCUUAGAUGGCUGCAAGCUCCCAGAGCAGCAAAUAGUUCUCUAGGUCAAAUGAACCACUGACCUUGGCUCACCUCAAGAAAUUUUCUUGAGAGUAGCUAUAAGAAAAGGAGAUGAGGAAGAAUGGACCCAGCCAACCUUCCUGGAGUCUAAAGGCUCCUUUCUCCUCUCCUCUGUUGGUAUAAGUUUGUUUACUGGCUUCCUAAUUAGCCUUAAAUGUUAGAGGCCAGCAGAGGAGGCACUGCAGACUGAGUGACAACAGCAAUAGAAAUACAUGCUGGCUGGCUUCUGGCACCGUGGUUUCCUGUCCUGAGAAACAGCAGCCCAGGGCAGGCGAUGCCUGCAGAGACCAGGUGAGCUGCCUUUGUACCUUUAGGGGGGCACAGUUAAGUCACUUCUUGUGAACAAACUAGAGAUUGGUUAUAGAAAUUUGAAUUUACAGUUUCAAGGUUGCAUCAGUUUUUUAUUUUAAAUUAUGAAGAUGAUUACCACAUGAAGACCUUCUUAAUAUUCAGCCUUUGCAAAGUUUAAAAGUUCCACACAUGGUUACCAUAGGUCCUCAGAAUACCACCAAAAUCUGACUUCCUUCAUUGUUCCCUGCUUGGGGAAGACAGUGCCCAUAUACAUUUCUUUCCCCAGUGGAUGCUCAUCUUGUAAGAUUAUUUGUUGUCAGUGCUGUUAUGACUUGAGUUACUUCUGACCCCCUGUAACAGCCAGGAUUUUUCAAAUCCCACCCCACCCUACAAGCAGUUGGCUGUAGCUGUGCCCACCUUAACUGUACCAUUUGAGGAGCAGCGGGAAUCUGUUUACAGGCAACUUAGUUUUUCAGUGGUGUUGUUGGGGGAUUUGAAUUCAAGGCCUCACACUAUGAGGCAGGCACUUUACCAGCUCAUGUUCUCUUUUUAACCUAAGAGCUGGAUGGUUUUUCUUGAUGGAUGUGGAGUUUAGGUUAAUGAUAGUUUCCAGAUGAUUGCCAGCUUGUGACAUUUUACAAAUCCUUGAAGAGGUUGUAUUAUCAUAGAUGGAGAGAAAUAAAAGUAAACUCCGACUU